CUAAAUACGCAGGCAGAAGAACCAGACAGAAGAUCUGGCAACACGAUCGACGGUACAAUCGCAAAGGUUGAAGAUCGAAUACAUUAUCCGGCGAGAGACGGAUCGAAGAAGAUGCUGAAGUUGACUUCACAGAUGCGCUGUGGGUUUCCGUUGGCUAUCGUACUGUCGGCGCUUCUGUUGUUUAUGUCGCCGGAGAUAAUUCCGGUCGGCGAGGCGAUUUGGAUGAGCGUGCCGCCGACGGGAACGAAGUGUGUCUCCGAGGAAAUUCAAAGCAACGUUGUUGUCUUGGCCGACUUCCUCGUCAUCUCCGAAGAUCAUUCCGUGUUACCCACUGUCUCUGUCAAGGUGACAUCCCCAUAUGGCAACAAUCUGCAUCACCAGGAAAACAUAGCACAUGGUCAAUUUGCAUUUACAACUCAAGAGUCCGGAAACUACUUGGCAUGCUUUUGGGCUGAAGGGCAUAAUCAUGGAAACAAAGAUAUUAGCAUCAACCUUGACUGGAAAACUGGAAUUGCUGCCAAGGAUUGGGACUCUAUUGCCAAAAAAGAGAAGAUCGAGGGCGUCGAGCUGGAGCUCAGAAAACUCGAAGGUGCAGUCGAGGCCAUCCAUGAAAAUUUACUUUACCUGAAGACCAGAGAAGCCGAGAUGAGGACCGUGAGCGAGAAAACGAACUCACGGGUCGCGUGGUUCAGCAUAAUGUCGUUGGGCAUCUGCAUCGCGGUCUCGGGUUUACAGGUGGUGUACUUGAAGCAAUACUUUCAAAAGAAAAAGCUUAUCUAGGACGAAAUCCAUGGAACUGUCCCUCGUUGGAAGAGUACUUAGAGCUUUUCCUCUGCGUUUUCAUUCAUUUUGAAACUGUAAAAAGUUUGUUCUUGGGUUUUAGUUGCGGCUUUUGCCUGUUUAGAUUUUAUUUUUUAAGCUGUAGACCAUGGAAUUGUUCGUUUUCAUUCAUUUUGGUUAAGGAUUAUUGAA